AUGACCCUAGCGUUUCUAUGUGACGUCACAGUUGACUUAUGGCUGCCAAGUGAGAAACGAUUAAACACCAUUGACAUCAAAAAGUUUGCAGGUCACCGGCAGUCGAUGUCAUGUCAAAUGAGGAAUACAGAAUACAGUCGAAAUGACUUCAUUACUGGCCGUGAAGAAACGUGGAGGAUCCAUGGAGGUGCACAACACGGAUAUUGCUAAACAGCUCAAAACUGAUACAUCAUCAUGUGUAACUCUAUUAGGAACACCACAGAUUAAAAAACCAGACAGACUAUCUGGGCUAAGUGUGGAUGUUGGCAUCUUGCAUGAGUCUGCAAAAAUGCAGGACUGGCUCAGCAAAAGAAUGGUCAAAAGUUUGCAGGAUCUGUCAAAAGAGAAGGAGCGAUCAGAUGAGGAGAGUCGUGCUGCUCGUGUGCUGUAUUCCCCUCUUCUGGAAACUGAACACACUUUUGUAAAAGAUUUGGAUGAAUUCCUUUUGCAUGAAGAUAUGCUAAAGCAGCGCAAGAAGGAGCUGUUACAUAAACAGUGGAAUGACCAUGUUGAACCAAUCAGGCGCCAGAUCCUGAAAGUCAUUGAUGGCCAAGAUUGGUCAGAAGUUGACCGACGGAAAAGGGAGCUGCACAGGCAAUAUUUGGAAUAUGUAAACAGAAAAGGCUUUGUAUUCUUGGAAACUAUGGAUAAAGGAGAGUAUUACGCUCAGGCUUUGAAUGCCCAUCGCCCCUCACCAAUUAAGAUUGUUGUACCAGCUCUGCGAGACCCACUUCUUUCACAAGGGCGUGCACGCAGUGAAGAAGAGCAGACAAUUUUGCGUUGCAUGACUGGGAGUAUUUACACACAGAAGGAUAUAAAUCAAGUCAAGUUGCCGCCCAUGCCAUUAGUACCACUGGGUCGCCAUGGCACAGACACUAUGCAGUGGAAUCAAAUGCCCCUUGGAAACAUUGACAGCACACCCCGCUUGGCCAGCAGGCUGCGCAUGAAGGGUAACUGUACCAGCACACAAGUGGACUUUGAAAAAUGGGCUAACCUGCCAGUUGAUCCUCGCAUCAUAGAUGUGGAACUGAUGACACAGAAAAAGCGUAUGUUUCCAGAGAAACCGCCGUAUGGUAUACCAGCUCGUGAAGUAUCCCAAGUCCCAUUUUUGUGGUUUGACACAGACCAUGUGAAGGAAAUUUAUACAUAGAAUAAUGAAAAAAUUCUGCAGCCUGAGUUCGAGUGCUUCUGUUGAUUUAAAGCAGACUCUUACAAAUAUUAACUUCUUGAUUGUGCUUGUGGUUUGUAAACAUUGUCUUCUCAAUAUCGUUUUCCAUAUAAACAUGGAAUUAAGCUGUCCUGCAGGCUUUGGUAGGAGCCUCAACAGUGUCCUGAGCUGUCUCAAAUGAAAUCAGGUGUCUUGUCAAGGUGGAAAAUUUUGGUUUCCACAUCUCCAGCAGUAUUGUUGUUUUGAAAUAUCACACGGAGUCAAAAGGAUGUAGUACAUCAAGGUGUGAUUUGAAAACUUUGUCAGAUAAGUGUUUGUUUUUUUGACAAUCUAGCUUGAAUUAAGCUUAAAAAAGCCACUGCUUGGGUGAUUUAGGGUUUCCAUUGUGGUCACGCAACUAUCUAGUAUGACAUAGAUCUUGCUACCAUGUAGUCAGUUUGCUUUCAUUAAUGGGUAUUGGUAUUCAUCAACCUUCAGCCAGUGUAUAUGAUUCAGUUAAUUCAUUGUUGGUUGACACUGUACAUAACAUAGCAGUCGAGCACUCAUUUUUGACAAUCUCAUUAAUUUCAAAGUAAACUUUUAAGUAAUGCAGAUGAUAAACAGUAUUUCAAUAUUAUUUACCUUCAUUUAAAAAUAGUGCUUGGGUAAAGGAUACUCGAUCAGACUUUUUUUUAGGUCACAGUUCAAAUCUUUGGCUAGACCAAUGGAUGGCUCAAGGUACUUAUGUCCCAUAUUUUUGUACUGCACACACUUACGUGUAAGCAAAUUGCAGGAGACUGUUUACUUACUUUUUAUUGUUAGAAGCUUAACAAAAUAAGUUAAAGAUGUAAAAAUUGCUAAAUUUACAAUACCUUUAAACAUAGAUUUAUAAUUCUCAGAGUAAUAUCUCAAACAUGACAUAAUUAUAUGCAUGUGACUGAUAAACAAUAAUAUGAAAGCUAAAUUCUGGAUGUUUCAUGCUUACAUUCAAAUCUCAUUGCUAAAGUAUUAUGUGAUCAAGAUGCAUGCACAGAGACAUUAAUUUCUUGCUGAAAAUUAAGCACCAAUUUGCUGAUCAUUAUGCGACAUAGUCUCUAUAUAAUUUUUAUUCCUGUGCAUGGUUCUAGUAUGGGUAUUUAAUGAGUUUUCUUGCCACCAAAAAUUCAAAUUAGGAAAUUCAAAAAUACUUUGCUUUAAGGGGUUUCAUAGAUAAUAAUCUUUGUUUUGAUACAAAGCCCUCUACUUAUCUUGUGAAUCAAAUGUGUAUGAACACUGCACUAAAAAUUAUGUGGUAAUUAAAAGAGGCAUUUUCAUUUUGCAGUGACAUUAUUCUUUGAUCUCCAAAAAGUUUCCUGUGAUAGUCCUACUUAUUUGUUGUUAAGGGGUUUCCAAUGUAUCUCCUUCAGGUAUGUUUAAGUACCUUCAAGAGGAUUAACAUUUAGUAUAAUUUUAACAUGCAUGAACUGAGACGCAUAAGUAUUAAGAUAUUAAGGUAAGAAUUUAUCUCAAAGAAUUAGAUAUGAGUGCAUCAAAUGUGUAGUCACAUUGACCUGUAAAACAACACUGAAAAUAAAAACAUUUCAUUCACUUAAAUGUACUUUGCUGUUGUCAAUAGAUUUCAGCAAAGCUAUAUUAGAAUUAAUUCUGUAUUUCUCAAAAUGUGUUUGAUUAAAUCAUUUAUCUAAACAAAA